AUGUCCAACGAAGCAAGAGCCCAUCAAGAGGACCUCCAGACGAUACGGCUAAGCACCCAACUUCUUCGCCUGCUGGAUAGGUUGUGGCAGAACCAGUACUGGGAUAGCGAUGGACAGCAGACCAGCGGUGCUAGAACGAGUGCUGUAGUAAGCCGCGACUUCAUCAACCUGAGCCUUGACGAGGAAGUCGACAGAAUCGACCAUACGAACGACCACGGAGGCGACGAGGAGAACGACGGGGAGACCGAUGAUGAGACCAAUGACAGAGGCGACUUCGAAGGCGAGUACGACAGCGACGAUGACUGCGAUGGGAGCGCAUACGCCGGCAGCGGCCACUGUGAGGUCGAUUCCAAUGUCGCUGCUGGCACACAGAGCGACGAUCUAUUCUAUGCUGCUGUGCUCUUCAGCAGCGUCCUAAGAUACUCCAAAACUCGGCAGAGUUUCUUGCAGGCGCGAGACUUCACAACCCAUCUCUGUGCCCUCAUUUGCAACCAGCGACUCGUACUUCUCGAGCGUGCCCUACCGGUCCGAGCCUAUCCUGGACUCGGCAUCGAAGCUAGGCCUCGGAGCAAUCAGCUUCAGCGACUCAACAAGAUGCGCAAGCGGUUUUUGGUAACCGGAUUGGCAUCAUCGUUCGAUGAAUUCUUCAACCUCCGCAACUACGGUCGCGUGGCGGCACAGUCAGAUACCCCCCCAUUCUUACUGCAUUGGAACGACGACGGCCAGUCAGUAUGGUGGAAGGAUUCAUCGCCAUUGUCUAUGUCCCAAUUUAGACAGCUGUCAGGGCAGCUGAUACAGGAAGCUGAAAGUCUCUGUUAUGAACUCAUGUACGGCCUUGAGCCCGCCAUAGACCUCGAAAGCAUAAAGGAUGACAUGACCAAUAGGCAGCAGGGCUACUCCUUUGUCUCGGACACAGCCAACAACCUACAUCAAGCGUACCUUGCGCUGUCUCGACAAGCAUGUACGGCAGUGCACGGCAGUUUAUCGCACAAAGGCCGCUGGAAGUGGAAGGCUGUUGAUAAAUACUUGAGAACCGAAAGUCGCUUCCGCGUGAUUGUCGGACUACGAAUCCGCCCAAAGGGGACUAUUCAAGUCACACAUCAUCUACAUCACCCGUCAUCACAAGGCAAAACGAUCUACGAACCGAGAGUGCCAUCCCGGCCGAGUCGGGUCCUGUACAAGUAUCUCGCCUAUAUCCGGCCCUUUGUAGAACUACUGCAAAGAGAGCAAGCAGUCUGGCUUGCAGUCUUUGUAGAACGCCAAGCCGAAUGGUCCGAUGACCUCGGCGCAACGGCUGUCGAGACAAGCCAAAAAUGGUACACCUAUGCCGUAGACAACUGCCCUCGAAGACUUACCGACCUUUACGGAAACGAACUGAACUACGAUGCUGCCGUCCAUAACGAAAUAUACAACCAGACGGGACUCACGCCGGUUAGUAGACGGGACUUACGCCGGUCAGCGUUCGAGUCCCCCGUCGUGAUAAUGACCAACAUCCAUACAAAACACUUGUCAUUUCCUUCUUAG